AUGGAUCUAAAGGCUUAAAUAUAUAAAAGAGAAAUUAGUUAAGAAAUAUCUACAAAUAAUCUAUAUAAUUAUGAAAUAUUUAAAGGAACUUCAUAGUUUUUGACUUUAUAAGAUAUUUUAAAAUUGGGAGAAACUUGCAGUAUUUUAAAUGAAUUCGUUUAAGUUUCAAAUUAUUUCUAUAUAGAUAGAAACAUUAUUAAUUCUUUGCAGAGAAAUACUAUAAAUAAUUUCUUAAUGAUUAACUUGAAAUGACACUUGAAAUUAAUUAUCCAGAUAUAAUUUAGAGAAAUCAAAUUCGUUAAGCAAAUUUUAGCAAUUAUCCUUUAGAUUGGAAAACUCAAUAUAAAAGAAUGGAAUAAUAGAAGUAAAAUAAAUAAAUAUGAAUUCGUAGAAAAUCAAUAAAAAUUCCAUUUUUACUUUGUGAAUCUGUUUUUCCUAAACCUAUUUUAAAAAGAGAGACAAUAGGUUAGUAUUGUGAAUCAGAAUUUUAAAUAAUGCUUGCUUAACGUUUGGAAUUAGAAUAAAAGGGAUUCGAUAGAUUGUUUGACUUUUAAUUGAUAUCAAAUGAGGUAUUUAAAACAUGAUUUAAAUUAAAGUUAAUGAACACUUUAAAAUAAAAUAAACAAUAAGUAAUAAAUUAAAUGUGCGAAAAAUUAGAAAAUAAUGAAACAUUUAAAUAAAAUUUCUUGAUAUAUCGAUGGAAUUUAUAAAAUGAAUCUAAUAAUUUACAAUAAUUACAAAUAUAUAAAAUGGAUUCUUAAAGCAUUUAAAUAGAGGAUGAGGAAGAUAAACUAUUCAUUGAUUAAUUUUGCAUAAUAAAUCUUUUAGAAUAGUUUUAUAAUUCUAUUGAAUGCUAUUUAUAAGGACUAUCAAUGUACUUUUCUACUUUCAUCACUCCUAAUUCAACAAAUAGUAUAGAUUUAUUAAGUGAAUAUGUAAUGUAUUGGGAGGCAUAUAGUAAUUCUAUUGUAGAAUUAAAUGGAAUUAUAUAUCCCUUCGAAAAUAUUGUGAAUGAUAUACAUACAAAAAUAUUUCCUUAAUAUCCUCAAUAUCCUUGCUUUUCAGUUUGGAGAAUAAUGUGUUAAUUAUGGAUCAAACAUGUAUUAUUUCCUUUAAUUAUAGAUUAUUAGAAAUGAUUAAUUUUAAUAAUUUCUUAUAGAAUGUUUCAUUAGAACUUUGUAAACAGAAAGAUAAGCUAAGUUUCUAAAAGAAUUUGAUCAAGGUGCUAAUUAAAACUUAGGUUUUACUCCAUCAUUUUAAAUUACUUAUGAAAUUUAUGAUAAUUUCUUACUAAAAUAAAAAAAUAGUAUAAAGGAUUGGUUUUAAAUUGAAUCUACUCAUAAAUAUUAUACAGAGAUAAUAGAUUUAUUGAGAAGUUUUAAUAAAUCUAUUUAGGAUAUUUCAAUUAAUGAAGUAUUAUUUUAAUCAAAUAUUAGAUAUCAGUUCAUUGGAUUGGACAUCUGGAUUGUUGUUAUGAAGAAUUCUAUGAGUUAUUAAGCGAAAGAAUUUAACAUGAAACAAGUUUGUAUUAUGAUGAAACUAAAUAGGUUUUUGGAUCAAAUGUUGCCUCUUUUAUAGAAUAUAUGAAUUUUGAUAAAGAGUAAAUUAAUAAUAAUUAAUAUUAUUUUAGAUUUUUAUCUCAAUUUUUACCAGAAGCUCUGAUAUUUAAAAUUGAAAACCUUUAACGUGAACACAUUUAUACAUACUUGUUUUAUUAUUUAGAGCAUUCAUAUCUUUAAAUAUUUAUUUAAACUCAUAAAGAUAUGAUUGUUUCAGCUUAUAAUACAAAAAAAUCAAUAACUCCAAAACAAGAAAGAACAUCAGUUACAUCAUCAAAUAAUAAUGAAUAUUUAGAUACUUAAGGUGAUGCUAUUUUAAAUGAUGCUUAAAAAUUUCUUAAUUUUGCUUUAGAAAAUAGUAAUUUUGAUUUAGAUGAACUAUUGAUUAACUAAAAAAAUCAAAAUAAAUAGGAACCCUUAUUAGAGAUUAUAAAAGUUGCUUUAUCUUAAAAGAACCUUGAAGACUUAAUAGGAAAUAAUUAAAAUGAUGAUUAAUUUUAAUAAAAAGAUUAUUUUGAAAGACCACAAACAAUUUCAAGAGCAUACUCAAAUAAUAAAUGUAAAAUUACAUUUAAAUGAUUAUAGUAAAUACUGAUUCUACUGAAGUUCCAGAUGAAAUAAUCAAAUCUGCUAAACAAUUUUUAUUAAAUGAUUCUGAAUUUAAUUAACUUUAUCAUAUUUUCAUAAAUUACACUAAGCAAUAUGAUAAGAACUGGGUUUAAGUAAUUUAAAAAAAUCAAGAUAUUGAAAUAUUAAAUAAUGAUAGAGAAAUUCCUAGGGUAAUGUUUAAUUUAUAUUUAAAUUAGGUUUUAUAAGAUUAUCUUUAAUAUUUUUAUUUUAUAUCUAAGAAUUUAACUAUUGCGAUCUUAGAAGAUAAUAAAAUUGUGGAUGAUGAAGAUCAAGAUGAUCUUGAAAUGCCCCCUAACCUCUCAAAAAAUUCAUCAAAAUUUAAAAGUAAUAUAUUAAUAAUAUUUAGAAAACUCUGUAUGUAUGGAAGUUUAUUACUCAGAAGAAGAAGAUGAAAACUAAGGAUGA